GAAGAUGUGCUAGAGGAGCUAGAAGAUGAGCUAGAAGAUGUGCUGGAGGAGCUAGAAGAUGAGCUAGAAGAUGUGCUGGAGGAGCUAGAAGAUGAGCUAGAAGAUGUGCUGGAGGAGCUAGAAGAUGAGCUAGGAGAUGUGCUGGAGGAGCUAUGGCCCCCGAAAAGCAUCCACGCUCCUGUCGGGCUGCAUCCUCUUCCCAUCUGAGAGCAUGGAGGAGGUCAUCAAGCUCAAAGAAAGCCCGCCAGCUCUGUUGGAGCGGAGGGUCCGCCAUCGGCAGCUGGCACUUUCUGUCCUCAAGUCCAAGCUGAAGCAGAGCGUGAGCUGCUCUGUGCCCAGAGUGCGCUCCACCUUGUCCGGGUUCUUCCCGGUGGUGGGCUGGCUGCCCAAGUACAGACUGAGGGAGUAUGUGUGGGGGGACGUCAUGUCUGGUUUGAUUGUGGGCAUCAUCUUGGUACCACAAGCUAUCGCCUACUGCCUGCUGGCUGGAGUGGAGCCCAUCUAUGGCUUAUACACCUCUUUUUACGCCAACAUCAUCUACUUCUUCAUGGGCACAUCCAGACAUGUUUCUGUAGGCAUCUUCAGCCUGAUGAGCCUCAUGGUUGGACAGGUGGUUGACAAAGAGGUCUUUCUGGCUGGUUUUGAUCUCAAUGAGGAUCUUCUAGGCUUCAAUGCUUCAUUGAGGACCAACUUCAGUGGCCAUGAUGCUCAUAGCGUGGAGCUAAUGGGUGUGCAAUGUGGGAAGGAGUGCUAUGCUAUUAGCAUCGCAGCUGCUCUCACUUUCCUGGCUGGUAUCUACCAGGUCAUGAUGGCCGUCUUUGGUCUAGGCUUUGUCUCCGUCUACCUUUCCGCUCCCAUGCUGGAUGGUUUCGCCACAGGAGCGUCUUUCACCAUCCUGACCGUGCAAGCCAAAUAUCUCCUCGGUCUGAAGAUUCCUCGCCAUCAGGGCUACGGCACCGUUCUCGUAACCUGGUUCAACAUCUUUGCCAACAUCCACAAGACCAACGUGUGCGACCUUAUCACCAGCGCCAUCUGUAUCACCAUACUAGUAACAGGCAAGGAGAUCCAGGAGCGCUACAAAGACCGCCUAAAGAUUCCUCUGCCGACAGAACUGCUUGUGGUCGCCGGAGCCACGCUGGCCAGUCAUUUUGGGAACCUCAACCAUCUUUAUGGCUCCAGUGUUUCAGGGCACAUCCCCACCGGUUUCAUCCCUCCUCAGGUGCCCAGCUUUGGUCUGAUGCCCAGAGUGGCCCUGGACGCCAUUCCUCUUGCUGUCAUCAGCUUUGCCUUCACUGUGUCGCUCUCUGAGAUGUUUGCCAAGAAGAAUGGCUACACGGUGCGUCCCAACCAGGAGAUGCUGGCCAUCGGCUGCUGCAACAUCAUCCCCUCCUUCUUCCACUGCUUCACCACCAGUGCAGCUCUGGCCAAGACCAUGGUCAAGGACUCCACAGGCUGUCAGACCCAGGUCUCCAGCCUCGUCAGUGCUGUGGUGGUCCUGCUGGUCUUGCUCUUCUUCGCCCCGUACUUCCACGCCCUGCAGAAGUGCGUCCUGGCCUGCAUCAUCAUCGUCAGCCUCCGUGGAGCUCUGCGCAAGUUCAAGGACGUCCCGUCUAAGUGGCGUGCCAGCAAGAACGAUGCGGUGGUGUGGUUGGUCACCGUGUCGGCCACGGCUCUGAUCAGCGUGGAGCUGGGCCUGCUGGUGGGAAUCACCUUCUCCAUGAUGUGCAUCAUCUACAAGACCCAGAAACCCAAGGUGUCUCUCCUGGGCCGGGCCAAUGACUCUGAACUUUACGAGGACGUGGAGGAGUACCAAAACCUGGUCCCGCCACUCCGUAUCAGGAUCUUCCGCUUCCAGGCUCCUCUCUACUACGCCAACAAGGACAUCUUCUUGGCGUCCCUCUACAAGGCUGUCGGGGUGACGCCUUUCUUGGAGAAGACCAGGAGGAGGAAGGCGGAGAAGAAGGCCAAGAAGAUGUCCACCACGCAGGCAAACGGGGACACCACCAACGGGGAGGUUGUCGUCGGACUUGUUCAGAGAGAACUUGACUUCCACACCAUUAUUUUGGAUUGCUCCACCAUUCCUUUCAUAGACUCUGCCGGCAUGGCUGCCUUUAAGGGGCUGCUCCAGGAGUUUGACCAGAUUGGCGUCAGAGUGGUCCUUGCGGGCUGCAACACCUCGCUGGUGGACGCUCUGCAGAAGGGACAGUUUUUUGGCAAAGAGAUGAAGAACAUGCUGUUCCAUUCUGUCCACCAUGCCGUCCUGCAAACUAACUCAAUGGUAGCAGACAACGUUGUGUAGAAGGAAGCUUUGCAGAGAACAAACUAGAAAGGUAGUCUGUAGAGCUCAGUGGGUCAAUGAUUAGUGCAGACUAACCUGUGGCAGGUCCUUCAUCAGGGGCCAAUGAUUAGUGCAGACUAACCUGUGGCCCUUCAUCAGGGGCCAAUGAUUAGUGCAGGCUAACCUGUGGCCCUUCAUCGGGGGUCCUCCAGCGGUCCAAGGGCCAGUAUUGGUAACACAUAAUAACUUUUCUCCCCAAUCAUGACUUCCUUAUUCACAAUUGUAUCACAAUCAUCUUUAAGGAAUUGGACUUGUCAGCCAAACAAUUAGCAUGUUUGUCACAUCAACAAACCGUUUGUCCAUUCACACACACAAACAACACUGUUGGACCAAAGUCAAAGCAAAACAAGCAAUGAAUUCACUGAAAUGAAAUUGCUGAAAUAAUGGAGGUCUUUCAUACCAAAGAGGAUCUCUGAACUCAUACUGACUUUUUAGACUCGCUUCAUCCUUUUUGUACUGCCUAAGAGAGGCAAUAUUUUACACACUGAUCAUGCAUUUCCACACUUGGGAAAUGGAUCACUGUAGCCUUCCUCAGAGGAAGAAGAGUAUUAACAAAAGACACCCUCUCAUGAAAGGAAAACAUUGAUUGACUUCCUGUACCUAAUGAUGAAAGAACAUAGUCUUUACAUUCUGUCUCUCAGUUGAACUGUGGACUCUUCAUUUCCUUCUCAAGUUCAGGGGAUCAACUCCUGUAGGAAUAUUCUAGUACCACCAACUCAUGUGUACAUGUUCUUAUAAACAUUCAUGACACAAUUAGCAGGGGAUCAGUAGACAAGUACCACCAACUCAUGUGUAGAAGUUCUUAUAAACAUUGAUUACACAAUUAGCAGGGGAUCAAUACUCUAGUACCACCAACUCAUGUGUAGAAGUUCUUAUAAACAUUGAUUACACAAUUAGCAGGGGAUCAAUAGACAAGUACCACCAACUCAUGUGUACACGUUCUUAUAAACAUUGAUUACACAAUUAGCAGGGGACCAGUAGACAAGUACCACCAACUCAUGUGUAGACGUUCUUAUAAACAUUGAUUACACAAUUAGCAGGGGAUCAGUAGACAAGUACCACCAACUCAUGUGUAGAAGUUCUUAUAAACAUUGAUUACACAAUUAGCAGGGGAUCAGUAGACAAGUACCACCAACUCAUGUGUAGAAGUUCUUUUAAACAAACUGCAUUUGACACUUUUCAAUCAUGAGAUGAUUGUGCAGACUUUGCUCAGUGUGUUAAUAAUUGCACUAAUGCAUGUGGCCAGAGUCCAGACUUGGUGAUUUAACAGACACUAAUAAUUACCUCAGGCCUAAAAAUCAUUUCUUAGAACUAAGUGCAUGAUUAUGUUGCUGAAAUAAACACACUUUCAAACUCUCUACUUUGUACUAACUAAUGCAACAAUAUUUAUCCUAGAUUUCCCCAAAACAUAGAAAAACAUCCCCUUAGGUUUUCACUAAGAGUAACACAGCUUCUUUUGUACUGCAAAGUGAGUUGUUGUAUUGAUACUCUACUUACUUGUGUCUGAUUGUCAGUUGUUGUAUUAAAACUCUACUUACUUUUGUCUGAUUGUCAGUUGUUGUAUUGAUACACAGUAUUUACUUUUGUCUGAUUGUGCAAACCACACAAUUUAACCAAACUGAGGAAUGUCAUCAUUUCAAAUUGUACUUUUUCUUCAUUGUUGUAUACAUGAGUCAACUUUAACAUCACAUUGGAAUUUAAUCAUUUCACUUUUUAGAUUUACCUGCACUUGUCAAAUGUUUUCUAUACAUUUGUGUAAAUGUCAAUGUUGUAUACAUGUGUGUAAGUGUCAAUGUUGUAUACAUGUGUGUAAGUGUCAAUGUUGUAUACACGUGUGUAAAUGUCAAUGUUGUAUACAUGUGUGUAAGUGUCAGUGUUGUAUACAUGUGUGUAAGUGUCAGUGUUGUAUACAUGUGUGUAAGUGUCAGUGUUGUAUACAUGUGUGUAAGUGUCAGUGUUGUAUACAUGUGCGUAAGUGUCAGUGUUGUAUGGCUGACAUGUGUUCAUUUUUGGAAUAACAGUUUUGUAUUAGCACAACCUUAUUGCUCCAUACUUGAAAUAAACUUCCUGUUUUCUAGUCCAA